UUCAUUACUUCUACAUUUAGAAAGCUAUAGCUAACUUCUUGUAAGAUAAGCCAUUUUAGUAAUAUACUCUCAUAUUAAAUAAAUGGAGCAAGAAAAAGGUGUUUGAAUACAAGGGUAAAACAAAGAAAAUGAAGAGAUUCAACCAAAAAUCAUGUUAUUCUUCCUCAUGGGAAGAUUAUCAAGAAGAGGAAGCCUUUGUUAAAGAUUCCCUUGGAGGUUUCUAUGGAGUAGGGCCAUGGUGGCCUCCAAGAUUAUAUUCAUGUAGUUAUUGCAAGAGAGAGUUUAGGUCAGCUCAAGCUCUUGGAGGUCACAUGAAUGUUCAUAGAAGAGAUAGAGCUUUACUCAAACAAGUCAUCAUCCCCACUCCUAAUGAUAUUGAUCAUCAUGAUCAUCAAAAUCACCAUCAUCAUGAUCAUGGUCAUAAUGUGAACCCAUCUCAUAUUUGUAACCCUAAAGCUAGUGUAGCUCAUCAUUUUGAUCAUGCUCACAAUCAUGAUCAGGAUAAUCAUGUGAUGAUCAAUCCUUGUAAUUCCAUGAUUAAUUAUCAAAACCCAUCUCAAAAUUGUAGUCCUAAGGGGGCUAAUGUAGCUCAUCAUCUUGCCCUAUCUAAGCUUUCUUCUAAUUGUUCAAUUAGUGAGGUUAAGAAAGUAAUUAGCAUCACUAAUGAUGUUUUUGAUCAUACUAAAAUGUCCAUGGGGUUAGAUUUAUCUAUAGGGACAUCCCCAAAAGAAGAAGAUUAUCAAGAUCAAGGAUGUUUGAAGAAUAAGAGGUUUAAGAAAAAUGGGGAUACUAAUGUUGCUUUGAUUCCAGUUUAUGAAGAAAUUAAGAGUUCUAAUGAUGUUAAGGAUUAUGGUUUAGAGUUUUUCAAUCCUAAUGCUUGUAGAUCUAGGGAUGAAUUGGACCUUGAGCUUAGACUUGGUGUUCCAUCUCACAAAGUCAAAUAGUAAACAAGAGUAUUAUGUAAUGUUCUUAGUGAUCAGUGAAAAUAUUGAUUAUAUAAUCAAAUUAGAUUACAUAUUCUUAAUUACAAUUACAUCGGAUUGUUUAAGCAAUUUGAAUCAUAUUAA